AGUGUGUGUAUGGAUUCAUAUUAUUCAUUAAAAUGUCGAUUUGCCACUUGUUAUUCUUUGAAAGAUGAAAGUUAGAAAUUUGAACUACAGCGCUAUCUCUUCCGGUUCGGGCGUCUGCUACUUAGUUCAGCCGCCCGUUCACGUAAAGGUAAGGAGGGGAUCAACACGCUUUCAUUGGACGUCUGCGUAGACAAGUUUAGGGAUGUUACCCCGACAAUAUACUCGGCGAGCUGGAAGAUCAACGCUCAACUAUUCCAAGAGGCUAUUGUGUGCAGCGUCAACGCCGCCCCAACUUACUGCGGCGCAGGAGCGGCGCAGGCGCGACCUGUACGAUCGCAUACUGCGGGUGGACCAUGCAGGGGAGCUGGGAGCGGAUCGCAUUUAUGCGGGCCAGUCGGCGGUUCUGGGACGUUGCGCGGAGACGGGGCCGCUGAUUAAGUCUAUGUGGGAACAGGAGAAGGAGCACCUGCAGGCAUUUGAACAGCUGAUACCAAAAUACAGAGCCCGACCCACGGCCCUGCUGCCUUUGUGGAACGUCGCGGGCUUUGUGCUCGGAGCGACGACUGCACUGCUGGGCAAGAAAGCAGCCAUGGCGUGCACGGUGGCCGUCGAAUCUGUGAUAACUGAGCACUACGACAAUCAGAUGCGAGACCUGCUUGCCGACGAAAACCCGACGCAUCACACGGAAUUGCUGGAUGUAAUACGCCGCUGCCGCGAUGACGAGCAACACCACCACGACAUUGGAAUGGAGCACGGUGCCGAACAAGCUCCACUGUACAGCCUCCUGUCGCAAGUGAUCAAAACGGGGUGUCGCGGUGCCAUCUGGGUUGCCGAAAGGGUGUGACAGUCUGCCUCGUGUCAGUACAUGCUCAGCAAAAUGUGUAGUUUUGAUAUAUUUUUACGUAUAAAUUUACGAAAAUGCAAACGGAAAAA